GCUACAGCCCCCGUCGUCUCGAAUGAUAUCUCGCUUCAGUGCAAGUGUUUUUCCUCGUUAGUAUCCAGAGUAACAUAAUAUCGUCUCAGACCUGGUUUUGUUUUCUUCUUUUUGCAGCAGUCUUUGCAUAGGAAUGUUAGUGCCUGGAUAGAGUGAAUGCCAGUAGUGACGGUGCAGCAGAAGGGUUAAAUGGGUUUCUCCAUGAAUGGCACUAGUGAUAGUCGGCUAGAGUUAUAUAUUGUUACGGUGUUAGGAUUUCUUUUAUGCUCAAUAUGUUUUGAAUGCCAACAUUGAUAUUUAGGCUGAAGGGAUUUGGCCAGAUGCGCCAUCUGGGCUUUGCUCACGUGCGUGGGAUUCAUAGGCAUCUCAGAGCCCAUGAAAGUUUGUUAUAUAGGUCUUUGAAUGCCUCGCUAGAGCUCUCGCAGCGAUAUACAACCUCGGCGUUUGAAGGCAGAGAUAAUCGUCCCAGGGUUCAUGCCUAUGACACUAGGAACAGGAACAGGAAUGCCGCUUUUGAUUCAGAAGACCCCUAUUCCUUGGUUAAAGAAGAUGGCGUUCAUGUUUGCACGGGCUUGUGGAUUAACAGCUUCCGAGACAAUCAUAAAGUUGUUAAUAGUCUGUCUGGUUAUCUCAAGAGGUUUGAAAUUUGGAUAAUGGCCUAUCAGAAGGUUUAUGCGGAUGAAACUGGAUCGCUUACACACAGAAACGAGAUUGAGAAGGGUGUUCUGGAAGAUCUUUUGGCUUUGAGGAAUGCGGUUAUGGAGUCUAGGUUUAAAUGGGGGCAGCGCCUUGAGUUCUAUAUCAGGUCACCUAAGGACAAAGCUCCAGCAGGUCCAUUAUCUAAGACGAAACUGAAAUUUUUAUUGUCGUCUACACAGCCCACUCCAUUUCAAGACAGGGUUGUACAAGAAGUAUUACUUAUGAUCCUGGAGCCAGUAUUCGAGGCCCGCUUUUCGCAGAAAUCUUUUGCUUUCAGACCUGGGAGGACUGCACACACUGCAAUCCGAUAUAUCAGAAGUAAUUUUGCAGGUUAUCUGUGGUAUCUAAAAGGAGAUUUGAGUACUAUUUUAGAUGGUGUUAGGGUUGGGAUUGUGAUGAAUGCUCUUGUCCGGGACGUGAGGGAUAAGACGGUAAUUGACCUUAUCAGGUCUGCUCUCACAACGCCUGUUAUUGUUGGGGCACCCAAAGUGGAGAAGAAGAAGAAGAAGAAAUAUCUGAAGAAAAAGGUUUUGAAGGAAGGGGAACCGAAACCCGAUCCUUAUUGGCUACUGACAUUUUUUGGGUUUGCGCCUGAAGAGGCAGCAAAGGUUCCAGAUUGGGGUCAUUGUGGUGUCUUGAGUCCUCUUCUGGCCAAUAUUUGUUUGAACGAAUUUGACCAUUGGAUGGAAGAAAGGAUAAAGGAAUUUUUUCGGCCCUCAAGCACUGAUGUUAUAGGCAAUGAGUAUGAUCCAGAAGGCACCAAUGCAUGGCCUGAAUUUCUUCCAACCAGCGGUCCGGACAAAACCAGGAAGAUAGACUAUAUUCGAUAUGGAGGGCACAUUUUGAUAGGAGUGAGGGGCCCUCGGGCGGAUGCCGUGACAAUUCGGAGGCAAUUGAUUGACUUCUGUGAACGGAAGUAUGGACUGAACCUUGAGAACGACAGUGUGCCAAUAGAGCACAUAACUAAGGGAAUUAUGUUCCUUGACCAUGUUAUUUGUCGCCGAGUUGUUUAUCCCACACUGAGAUACACUGCAACUGGUGGCAAGAUUGUGAGCGAGAAAGGUGUGGGUACAUUGCUCUCGGUAACUGCUAGCUUGAAUCAGUGCAUUCGGCAGUUCCGGAAACUGGAACUGGUUAAGGGCGACAGAGAUCCUGACCCGCAGCCUUGUUUUCGCAUGUUUCAUGCUACUCAAGCAUACACCAAUGCACAGAUGAACAAGCUUUUGUCAACAAUGGCGGAAUGGUUCAGGUAUGCAGACAACCGUAAGAAAGUAGUUAACUUUUGCUCUUACAUUAUUCGUGGUUCUUUGGCAAAGCUUUAUGCUGCCAAGUAUAAGCUACGAUCCAGAGCCAAAGUUUACAAGAUUGCCUCACAUAACCUCAGCCGCCCGUUAAAGGAGAAGAAAGGGUCGUCACCUCAUUUUAAAGAGCUCCUGAGGAUGGGACUUGUUGAUUCCAUUGACGGCCUUCAGUACACAAGGAUGUCUUUGAUACCUGGAACAGAUUACACACCCUUUCCUAAGGAUUGGAGACCAGACCAUGAACAAAUUUUACAAGAAUAUUUAAAACUAGAAAAUCCUAAAACGUUGCAGGAGCAACAGGUCUCACUGCACGAUCAGGGCUUGAUUGCACCACAGGAUUACAUGUCAAUCAUGGUAUGGAACUACAAAAAACAUGGUAUUUUUUCUGAUCAAAUUCAACAUGUUAAUGGCCCGAAAGAAGAAACAGAUCUUUCAGAUGACGAGGAAGCUGGAGUUGGUAUUAGCAGAGUUGCGUAGAUGUGAAGGGUAACAUUCCAUAUAUUUUUUUAGAAGUAUCACGGAAGUCUUGCUGGGAAGCAAACCAGCAAAGUGGCAGUUUGAGAGAACCCUAUGAAGAGCCAUCCGAGUCUUAGCAAAAGAAAAUGCUUUAUGAUUGACAUUGUGAGCUUCUUGUAUUAGUGGUAGGCAGGAAAUGGCUAAGUGUACAAAUAGUCAUGAAAUCAUUCAACUCUUCAAUGGAGCUACAACCAAAAGAAUUCAAAGCCCCUUAAUGCUAGUAGAUGUCACAACUAUAGAAGUUGGAACAUGUUCUUCUAUUAAUCAAUCCAAAUGUCUUGGAACCAAUGUCCAAAAUCUUGCUUCAAUUGUGUCAAAUCUUUGCCAUUAUAUUGUACAGAAAUUCAAAAUUACAUGUCAAACACCUCUUGCGAAAUAAUUGGACAUCAAAAAACUUCAAAAGACGGUGUCAACAUUCCAGCCCACUUGCAUCAAAUUAGAGGGGCUUUGCGAUUUCCUUGAGCUAUUUCGUGAUGAACUCUACUCAAUUAACGGUGCCUCCAAAAUCAUCCACGCUUAUGAGAUGUACCUAAAGAAUAUGUAAUUAGUUAUUUCAACUACUUACAAUGUCAAAAACCUAAACUUGUCUUUUAACUACUUACAAUGUAAAUAGCCUACACUUACAGACAAACUUCUAUUUUGCUACUAUGGAACGUACCUAUAUCUAUCAAUGUAAAUUUCCGACACAAUAAAUAAUGACUUUUUUUAGAA